CCUCUGAGAUCCAUCAGAAAUGCAAGCAGCUGCUUUUGUGACUGUCUUCCAAGCAAGGAGAGGUGACCGACUCCAUGUGAACAGAACAGGCAAACAGGGUGUGGCAUGGCAGUUGGCACAGCAGCUGGCACAGGCAGGAUGGGCAGGGAAGGUGCUGAACCUAGGCCAGCCCAACCAGGGAGAGAUGGUAUCCACCCAGCAGAAGGCAAUGGCCUCUUGGAUUUUGGCACCCACCACAUCCAAUGCAGCAUCCUAGACAGAGCUGGGGGGGGAAACACACUGCCACCAAGGUGUCAGGCUGCCAAGUGUGCCCUUAUGGUCAGUACAGGAUGGCAGCAGUGAGCACAUCUGUGGGAGGUGUGGCCAGGUUGAAGAACUGCUUUGCCAGGUGGCAGAGCUUUGUGAGGAGGUGGGCAGACUGAGGAGCAUCAGGAAGUCAGAGAAGGAGAUUGACUGGUAGGGUAGAGCUCUGCUUUCCUUGAGACAGGCUCCUCAGCCAGCCACUACACAAGAAAUUAAGUUUCCCAUAUCACCUCACCACCAGGCAGAGGAAGGGGAUCUAAGAGACAGGGGGAAGUCAAAUGCAGGUUCCUGUUCGGCACAGCAGGCAAACCCCCCUGCUGCAUAUGUCACCUUCCCAGGUGCCCCUACACAACAGUUAUGAGGCUCUGGAACUGGAUGGGCAGGCAAGUGAUGUGGACAAAGGUCCAUUCACGUUAGGGAAGUUGCCCAGGGAAAGUCAACAUAUGCCCUACACCACAACAACUCCCAUGAAGAAAUAGUUAUAGGGGAUUCCCUUCUGAAGGUAACAGAGGGCCCAAUUUGUUGUCCAGACCCUACCCAUAGGGAUAGGGAACUCUGCUGACUCCCUGGGGCUCAGGUAAGAGACAUCACUGGGAAAGUCACUCGCUUGGUACGGCCCUCUGAUUAUUACCCCUUAUUGUUUAUUUCAUGUUGGCAGUGAUGAGAUAGCAAAGAAAAGUCUAGCAGUGAUCAAAAGGGACUUCUGGGCUUUGGGUCUUUUGGUUGAAAUAUCAGAUGCACAGGUAAUAUUUUCCUCUAUCCUUCCAGUAGUCGGGAUCAAUACUGAAAGGAAAUGGCAGACCCAGAAGAUGUGUUUCUGAGGCUGGUGCCACCGAUGCAGUUUUGGGUUUCUUGAGCAUGGGAGGAUCUACAUGACACCGAGCAUACUGGCUCCUGAUAGGGAGCACCUUUCUCAGAGGGGAAAAAAGGAUUUUUGCCCAGGAGUUAGCAGGGCUGAUUGAUAGGGCUUUAAACUAGAUUUGAAGGGGGAAAGGGACAAAAACAGGCCCCUCCAGUGAUAAACUGUGGGACUGCAUGCCAAAAAUUGAGGGACCGUGUGCUAGUAAGACCCUUCAGUCUGCCCCAUGAGGAGCUGGGUCCAGGGAAGCAGAUCUUAAACGUUUCUAUAUAAAUGCACAAAGCAUGAGAAAAAAAUGCAAGAGGAGCUAGAAGCCUUGGCCCAGUCCCAGAGCUACAACAUCAUUGGCAUAAGCAAGACACAGUGGGAAGAAGCCUGUGGCUGGUGUGUUUUGAUGGAUGGUUACAGGCUCUUCAGAAGGGAAAGGCAGGGCAGGUGAGGCAGGGGGAUGGCACUCAAUAUAAGGUAGGCACUGGACCGUACAGAGCUUACAGUCUGUGACAGUGGGGUUGAGAGACUCUGGAUAAGGAACAAGGGACAUGAAAAUAAAGGGGUCCAUCAGUGCUGGUUGGCUUUUAAGCACCACCUCCUAAGAGCAUAGGAACAGGCAAUUCCAAAAUGUCGGAAGUCAACCUGGAGAUACAGAAGGCUGGCUUGGCUGAGCAGGGGUCUUCUUCAUGAGCUUAUAAAAAAGAAAGUGGAUGGCCACUGGAAAUGAGGUUGGGCGACAUGGUGUACUGGGUCUGGCUGGGAUGUUAACUUUCCCUGCAGCAGCCCGUACAGUGCUGUGCUCUGCACUUGUAGCUGGAACAGCAGUGGUAUCACACCAGUGUUGUGUCUGCUGCUGAGCAGUGCUGGCACAGCAUCACAACUGUCUCUAACCCUGCUAGGGGGUGGGCAAAAAGUGAGAAGAGAAACAUCACCAGGAUAGCUGACCUAAACCAACCAAAGGGAUAUUCCAUACCAUCUGAUGUCACACUCAGCAAUAAAAGGUGGAAAAAGGAAGAAGAGGAGAGAGGUGGGCUCUUGUUGCGAAAACAUCUGUCCUCCUGAACAAUGGCUACGUGCGUUGAGGCCCUCCUUCAAGGACAUGGUCAAGCAUCGCCCAAUUACAGCUAAAGCUGGCCAGCAGUGUGGGGGGACAAUAAAAAUAAAAAUAAAAAUAAAAAUAAAAAUAAAAAUAAAAAUAAAAAUAAAAAUAAAAAUAAAAAUAAAAAUAAAAAGCUUUUUAAAGUAUGGUAGUGGGAAAAGGAGGACCAGAGCAAACAUUGGUCCAAUAUUUGAUGAGGAUGGUCACCUAAACAGGGCCAUAUACAAAGCAGAGACAUUUAAUGCAUUUUUCACCUCUGUCUUCAACAGGAGCGAUGGGCCCUGGGACCCCACCUGCCCUGAGUUGGAGGAGCAUGACUGUGAAAAUGAUAAACUCCCAGUUAACCCCAGACUUGUGCGGGAUUUUCUGCUCCUUCUGGAUGCAUAUAAGUCCAUGGCGCCUGAUCGAAUUCAUCUCAGAGUACUCAGAGAGCUGUCUGAUGUCAUCACAGGACUCCUCUCAACUAUUUUUCAAUGGUCUUGGGAAUCCAGAGAGGUCCCAGUUGACUGGAAGCCGGCAAAUGUGGUCCCAGUUUUCAAGAAGGGCAAGAAAGAAGAUCCUGGCAAUUAUAGGCCUGUCCAUCUCACUUUGGUGCCUAGUAAAAUUAUGGAGGAGAUUAUUCUGGGAGUUACUGAAAAACACCUGAAGGACAACACAGUCAUUGGUCAGAGCCAACAUGGGUUCACUAGGGGAAGGUUAUGUCUAACAAACUUAAUUUCCUUUUACAAGAUUACCCAACUAGUUGACCAAAGGAAGCCAAUCAGCCUAAUCUUUCUGGUUUUCAGCAAAGCUUUCAAUACUGUCUCUCACAGUGUCCUUCAAGAAAAAAUGACAAGAAUGCAGUUACAUAAACGCAUAAUAAGAUGGGUGAACAAUUGGCUGGCAGGUCAGGCCCAGAGGGUUCUUGUAAACGGGGUUACAUCAGGCUGGCGGUCAGUCACUAAUGGGGUUCCCACUUCAAUACUCUUCAGUGUUUUCAUAAACAAUUUGGAUGAAGAAGUUUGCUUGAGCAAGUUCAUGGAUGAUACCAAAUUGGGUGGAGCUGUUGACUCCAUCAAGGAUGAUGAGGCCUUGCAGAGAGAUCUGUACAAAUUAGAGAGCUUGGCAAUCAGCAACAAUACGGAGUUUAACAAGAGCAAGUGCUGGAUUCUACACCUGCUCUUCAAAGACAGUAUCUUUGCACUACUUCAAGAACACCUACAACAUAAGUGAAGUUCCUAUUGGAAUUGGGUUCUCACACCACUUGGACACUUCUGGAAAUAUUAAAAUUCUGUUAAAAGGAAGAGGUUAUAAGCGUCUGACUUACAUAAGGCUUUAGGAUACAUACAACAGCACAGUAAUGCAGGAAUGUGAAACUGGGGAAGAAAAAGCAGGGCUAUUUCGAAAGUCCUGAACAAGUUGAGUCACACUUUGCCAAAGGAGCUCUAUUUUGAUUCUUCUGUUGCCUCUGAAAUAUCAGUGGGGUAUUGCUGUUAAAAAUGCAACUGCUCACAUGUAGAAUGUAAUUACUUUCAAACUCACAAAACUAUGGGGAAGAAAACGGUGAGGGAUAAAGGACAAACAGUUCCAAGAAGCUACGGAGUUUGUUUCCUGGUUGAGGUUUUUAACUCUUUACAGUUCUGUCACAAAGGACACAACUCAGCACUAAUUACCGUUGUCCAUCAAAUGGUAUUCCAUGUUGUAUUUGUGAGAAAUAGGCACGAUUUCAAGUUCUCUGACACCACAGUCCUCCAAUAGCCAGGAAAAAACUGCAUUAAGCCAAAAAUCAGCGAGGCGUUACUUCUCUAAGCCCCCACACUAUCAAUGGACACACUUAUCAUCACAGUAUUUGGUUUACAAGCCUUAAGGUUCUCCAGCAUUUAAAUAUGCAUUUAAAUCCAUAUUAGCACUGAAACUUCCAUCAGUAUGAAUCACAUUUUCCUCUCAGAAGGAAGACAUGUAGAAGUUCUGCUGACAAGGUGAUUGAACACUGCCAGGAUUCACUCAUUUUGUAAUUAAAAUAGAGGAUAUUAUCGUGUGUGUUCUCCAUAUGUUCUGUACUCAAUGAGGUUCUUUUAUCUGGUGGCUUCUCCGCCCCACCCCUAAUUAUCUGUAUUUGUCCACCCAGGUUUUAAAGCAGCACUCAAAAUCUGAUAGUUGCUCAAAAUUGAUGUGGUUAGUCUCAGUAAGUAAAAAUUGAGCAAUAUUGUUUCCUGCACACUCCCAACUCCCAGUUCAUCAGAGCUGAUCCAAAACUUUUAGCUACUUUUAUGAAGGAACCUUUCAACUGAAAUAGAAAUGUUUGGGUGCCCAAGAUUUCCUUAACCUCCCCAUAUCUUGUGUAUUUUUCUCCCUCCAGGCAGAGGAAGAAAUAGUGGCAUAGGAAGAUGAACAACAGAACACAAAUACAGCCAUGAUAAACCUUGUCCAAAAAAAUUUAUUUCCUAUUUUUCUAACUGCUUUGCAGAAGACAUUAAUCUGUCUCCUCCCUUCCUCCUUGUAGGUCAUACUGAAGUAUAUAUUUAAAAUAAAUAAAAAGCAAACACGCCCUCUCUCAUACACACACACAGAAUCACAAAUCAGAAAACUUUGAAGGAAAUUAUGUAAGGUCAUUUCAAUCAGUCUUAUCAGCCCCCCAAAGAUACCUACUGGCCAAGAAAGUUACAGCGAAGGUGGGAAACCUACAAAAGCAUUUGCAAAGCAGUAGCACUGACUACUGGCUGACUAAAUUCUAACCAAGGCACUUGCAACACAAGGGGUAAACCAACAAUCAUGUAUUGCUAUGUGUUCUCCUCAAAUGGGCACUCAUCUGAGCUCUAUGCCCUGCUCCAACUCAGAAUUCUAGCAACAAAAUCCCUGGAAUCUAAAUGAGAUUCCUUAGGGACAACGAGAAAGACUUAAUUUCCAGAAUUCUGCAGUCUUAGAAGAUCAGCUGUGAUUUAUGGUUUUUGAUUUAUAUAAAAGCCAAAAUAGAAAUGUGUGUCAAAACAGGCCUAAGAAAAAAUAAAUAAAUAGAGACACACAGGAAGAGAGCACUACCUUCAUUGAGAACUUUCUUCAAAAGGUCUCAUUUCUUUAUUAUAAAAAUUUCAAUGUUACCAACGUUGUAAGCUCUUUCAGGAAAGAAUGUUGUUUAGAGUGACUUUCAUGCUAUAACUAGCCAUUAAAAGAAAGAAGGAAGCCACAGCA